UCAACAAGAGCGCACACGGUCACUGAGAGCGCAGCCAGAAUGCGCCACAGAGCAUCCGGUAGUGUCACACUGAUGAAUCGCGUCUCCUGACCCUGACAGCCCAAACCUUCCCUCCGUAAAAGCACGAAAUGCCUGCAAACACCUGGCUGGAUUUCGCGGAGGCGGUCUGUUCUCCGUCUUCCUUUUACGCUCCGUCUCAGCGUUGCUUUUGCUAGGAACGCGAUGUCCUGGAUGCGUUUUCUCCAGUGACGCUGAAGUGAAGCGCAGUUUGCUGAAGCCAUGUGAAGAGCGGACAUGUCUCUUGUCGGGAGCACCGGAGGCAAAACCCGAGUCCAGUAGAGGGAACAGUGUUCGCGCUUUAUUGGAGAGCAAAAAGAUCCUUCCAUGAGGAGACGAAGAGAGAAGAGAUGGUAGAGAAUGGCUGCACCUGACCUUCUUGACCCAAAGGCUGCCGCCCACAACUCCAAGCCUCGCCUGUCGUUUUCAACCAAACCAGUGGUGCUGAACACCCCAGAGGACGAGUGCGACACUCGGACUACGGUCAUGAGGUGGAAGACCGUAUCAGCUAUCUUUUUCCUGGUGGUGUUGUACCUCAUCAUCGGGGCAACAGUGUUCAGAGCACUUGAACAGCCUCACGAGAGCUCCCAGAAACUGGCCAUUCUUACUCAAAAAUUGGACUUCUUGGUUGCGCAUGCAUGUGUAAACUCCUCAGAGCUGGAAGAGCUGGUCCGGCAAGUGGUUAUAGCAAUUCGAGAAGGUGUGAACCCUUCAGGAAAUUCAUCCAAUCAGACGAGCCUCUGGGACAUGAGUUCCUCCUUUUUCUUUGCUGGGACUGUUAUCACCACCAUCGGAUUUGGGAACAUCUCUCCUCACACAGAAGGUGGGCGGAUCUUCUGUAUAAUCUAUGCCCUGCUGGGGAUUCCCCUAUUUGGAUUCUUACUGGCUGGUGUCGGGGACCAGUUGGGAACUAUUUUUGGGAAGGGCAUCGCCAAAGUAGAGAAGAUGAUCGUGAAGUGGAAAGUCAGCCAGACAAAGAUUCGCGUCAUCUCCACGCUGCUCUUCAUCCUGUUCGGGUGCCUCAUCUUCGUGGCCCUGCCAGCCGUCAUCUUCAAGCACAUCGAAGAGUGGAGCACUCUCGAGUCCAUCUACUUUGUCGUCAUCACGCUCACCACCAUCGGCUUUGGAGACUUUGUCGCUGGAGAAAAAGGUGGGUUCGAGAAACCAGAAUACCUUGAUUACUAUAAACCCGUGGUGCUCUUCUGGAUUUUGGUGGGCUUGGCAUACUUUGCUGCAGUACUAAGUAUGAUCGGAGACUGGUUUCGGGUCAUCUCCAAGAAAACUAAAGAAGAGGUUGGGGAGUUUCGUGCACAUGCAGCAGAAUGGACUGCAAAUGUGUCAGCAGAGUUCAAAGAGACCCGCAGGCGACUCAGUGUUGACAUUUAUGACAAGUUUCAGCGUGCUGCAUCCAUCAAGCGCAAGCUGUCAUCUGAGCUGGGUAUUAAUGCGUCCAUCAACCAGGAAAUGACCCCUGGCAAGAGGACGCUGUCAGCUAACUUUUGUGAGGACAGAGAGGGUUAUCCCACAGUGAAUCUUUCCCUCAGUCCUGUCCCGGGGGCCCUGGCGAGGAACGGCAGCCUUUAUCUAAACGGCCUCAGCCCAGAAUACGCCGACCGACAGGAGAUCGCCAUCAUCGAAAACCUCAAAUGAGGAGCAGCGUGAAUAAUAAGAUUUGGGGAGCUGUGUAAAAUACAUCUAGCCGCUGACAGAGAUUACAGAUACAAACAUGCUUUUGUGUUAAUUCACAGAGCAUCGCUGAUGAGAUACCCAAACACAUUUGUUAAGUAGACUGUGUUCCAACCAUCCCAUAAAUCAGUCAUGAAGCCAUGUACCCUUCAUGUGUGUGAGCCUCACACAUAAAAACACACAGUUUGGAUUUAGUCUGUGAAAGAAGUCUGAAGACUUUAUGUUACCAUCAACGUGACUGACUGACUGCUGUGCUAGUGACUGAGCCAAAUCAAAAAAAAAAAAAAAAAUUGUUCCAGACUGGAACAAAUGAUUGUAUUGGAGGCAUGAGCUUGAAGAAAAAAAAGAAAACUUCUCCUGAGCAGAGGAAGGAAAUGAAAACCCUGUACUGAGGUAGCAACACACUGGGCAUCCUGUCCUCCUACCCCCUGCAAUCAAAGAGACCAAUAAAUUCAUCAAACUUCGGAAGCAAUAGACGUAUCUGUGCAAAGCUCCUGCUGAAUUUUUCAGAGGCCCUGAAAUCUGCAUCAGAUCGAGAGGAUCCUCACUGAUAAAAACACUGCAUCAUCAACAAUGAACACAUGUUCUCUACAAGGCAGCAGCUCUGUGCUAACACAAAGGAAUGUCCCUCUUUCUUUUGCAUUACGCUUGUUACAGCAUGAAUUUAUAUGCCUUGCAUCUGCCGGUCAGUCUGCCCUCGCUAUAGAGAUGAAUGUUGACAUAUUAGUUCCUUUGUGACUGACAUUCAGUUUCUCAUUAUGAGGAAUAUUCCACUCGUGCCUUACUAAAAAGUAUACUGAACCUUUGAGGAUGACGGCGUGUGAGAGACUGAGCAGCACUUGCGCGAGCUCUCAUACUUCUUAUUUUUAAGAACAGCAGUGAUAAAGAUGUAUUUGGGAUGUGUCUUGGAAAAUAAGUGGACUUUUUUUUUUCUUUGACUUGAGGAACUUACAGUUUGCAUGACAAGGGAGGAGAAAGCAUUUUGAGAUAUAUUUGAUUACUUGAGGUAACAUUUGACAAAAGGUCACCGCUCUAUCAACUGUCUUAGUUUCUUUUUUCUUUAACCAUCUUAAUGUGCCGACAGUUACACUAACCACAGUGCCAGGCUUUCUGAUCAAACCCUCUAACUCAGGGGUCUCAAACUCCAGGCCUCAAGGGCCGGUGUCCUGCAGGUUUUAGAAAUCACCCUGGGUCAACGCACCUGAAUCAAAUGAUUAGUUUAUUACCAGGCCUCUGGAGAACUUCAAGACAUGUUGAGGAGGUAAUUUAGCCAUUUAAAUCAGCUGUGUUGGAUCAAGGACACAUCUAAAACCUGCAGGACACCGGCCCUCGAGGCCUGGAGCUUGACACCCCUGCUCUAACUCCAGUAUACCAAAGCUAUGAUCUUGCUUUCCUGACAGAAGAAUAAGAUAUUUCUAAAAUCUAGCAUUUCAGGGUUUUGAAAACUGAAUUUAAAUGGACUUCUGGCAUUUGAGGUACUGUAGUAGUAAAAUAUCUGAAGCUGUGAGGCACAUCUCCACCUUACCGCUCUCUGUGAUUGAGCUGGUUGGGGAAUAGUUCCUCUAUUCGUAAAGAUAAGGUCUGUUAUGUAUUGCUGUUAGUGAAUGUAUACAAUCAGAAAUCCUUAUUUACUGUGUGUCACAUUAGUGACCCGAUUGAGGCUUUACAGAUAUACUAGUGGCAUCAUAUACAAGAAGAAAUUGUUUAAAUAAAUGCCGCUCUCUUGCAGGUUUGGUGUUGAUGAAAAUUUAUACUAAUGGCAGGAAUGUUAUUCAGGCACAGCCUAUAUCUAACUUCCAUUUAUAAUUACACAGAAUAUGAAUCUAUUUCUUCUUUUAAAUUAUUAAAAUAUAAAAGUUAAUCAAUUUUUAAGGGAUAUUUUCCAUUUUAGUCUCUCCUAGUGUCUUUAGUGCAUCUUGCUUGUCUGAUUUUGUUCAGUGCAUUUAAACAGCAACAGCUGGCACUGUUCCGUUCAUUUAAUAGUGCCAUUUACAGUUUUACAGUUUGUCUUAUAAGAUGACUUGUUAUGCCAUAUCAACCUUCCUCCAUUCUGCUGCCAUUAAAUACUGCUAGUUUGUCAAAGAAGUUGGCAUCUUAGAGGUACCCAAAGUGUCCUUUGUCUUGAGACUCCAGUUGUGGCAGUAGAGAGGCCAGUCAACCCUUUAGUUCAAGCACACCAGUUACCCUUGAAUGCCAUUUAACAUGCAGGGGUAAUGUAAAUGAGGAUGUUUUAGCAAAAACCACAAUCUGGAAAUUGAAUGCUAAGCUAAACUGAGAGCACAAAGGCCCCUAAUGGAACACAAAUGAAGUUUCAUGGUUGAUAGGUUUGUGAUUUAUGGCACCUCCCCCUGUAUCCUUAUAUGGUCUUUGUUGUUCUUUCACACUUUACAGUUUGGCUUCAUCUAAUAUUCCCAUAGCUGCUAUGCCAAGACACAGACAAUGAUGAAAUUCAGGGAAAAGUAAAUUAAAACAGCUUGAACCAAACAAACAAGGUCUUAUAUAAGGAUUAGUUGUCAAAUAUGUAUGUCCAUGAACUACCAAUCGUAACGUUUAACAAACUUAACUCCAGCUUAUAUCAGCUUGAUAUUUCAUUUAGACGACUUUGGGAGAAAAAUUAGUUUGUGAUAUGGUCAGCAAAAGUGACCUUUUAAUCUGACCUCAGGAUUAUGCCAGUACAGUUUUUCUAUGUAUCUAAUAUGUUCCAGUUCAUUUAAAUAAAUAAAAAUGCAGAAAUAUAUUUCAUUUUUUGUAUGUAUAUGUAUGACAAUUAGAUAUCAAAUCUGAAGUAAUUCUACUCUUACAAAAGAUUGGAAAUCGUAACUAUUGCUGCAUAUCAUCCCACCUCCUAAAGGUGUAAGAAAUAGUUUUAAUAUGUUUUUUAUUUUUGUUUGUUUGUUUUUUGCCUUUCUAAGGUCUUCACAGUCUGAGACAUUACUUCAGUUUUACUUCCCAAGUGACAUUAAUCCCCAAGUGUGACUCAGUUUAGCGGGCACAACAUAAUCCCUGACAUGUUUUCUUGAUUUGAGCAGAGUCUGGUCGUGUGUGUUCGUGUAUAAAAGCCAUUCGCUAUUAUGUGUAAUAAAAUCAAAGGGGCAUCACUGAGGAAAAUAGAAAGGAACUUUAACAAAUAAUACUGUUACUUCUCUUUGUUUCUAAAAAGCAAUCAAUACCAUGUAAACACUUAACUGUACCAUGUGCUGAACUGCAAUACACUGGGAGAAAGACUAUUAGUACAUAAUUGCUGAGUAGUCUGAGGAAAGCCAUCCCAGCUUUAGUGUAGCUUCUCAAAGCAAAGGCCCCUAAAAGACUGUGCUGCUGCUUCCCUUGUCAGAUACGUGAUUAACAGCCUGUGAGUGCUGCAGAAAGUCAAGGAGGACCGUCAAUGAAGUAUUAUAUAAUAUGUCAGGACACAUAAGGCCACAUGCACAUGGUGGUUUGUAUGACCAUUAACGACUGCACGACUGAGCGUGUGCGUUCGGGUUUGAGGAAGCUCAUUAAGUUUCCGCCCACACACAUUACGUUUCCUUCUCUUUUCCCGAGGUGACAGUUUUUAAUUAGGUCUGUAGCUCACAUCAGAAUCCUGAUUCAAGCAUGGUGAAUGUAUCCACCCAUCGUUGACAGCUGAGAGGAGCCUCAUUAUAGACGUAAGCACAUGCAUCAUUUAACGCAGCGAUAAAUGCUUGCAAAGGUGUUCCAAUAGCUCAUGUGGGUAUGCUGUGAAAGCCCUUUUAAAGCUCUGGCCCUCAUUAAUUCAAAAUCAGAAUGCCGUAAACGAGAAUCAUGUAUCAAUCAUAGUCAUAAUAACAUGAACUAAUAAAUAUAUAUCAACUUUGGUUUGGAAGAUGCAUGAGAAUUUUACAGUUUGUGAUGGAAGGACACAAAUAAUUUUCAUUGUAUUUUUUUUUUAAUAUAUAUUUAUAUUUGUUGAAUAUAUGUGAAGGCUUCAUGGACACAUGAUCGUUUUUUUUUUUAAACAUGACAUCAUCAGGUGUUGCAUGCUAUUUUAAAUGUUGUUUAUUGAUCAUGAGUUUCCUAUCCUGGGCUUUGUUUGGUUUUUAAAAACAAUAUAGCAUUGUAUGUUUCCAGUGUGUUAAUGUAUGGUAUGUCACAUUAAACCAUGACCACUUUUUUGAAUAUUUAGAAUAAAAGGUUUUAUAUGAAAAAGGUCA